GCUCGCAAUGGCCUGUCGUUCCUAUUUCCAGUCGCCCCUUGAAUGAACUUCUUGAAGAUGUCGGCGACGUUUGGACGAUGAGCAGGGCAGAACGGCAGAACUUACAUCAUUUCUGGGUUGAAAAUACGCGCAUAGAGUUGGCUGAGACACAGACAGGCGAGUUUGCGCGCCUUCGCGAGCUUCACGAGGGUAUACUGCGAGAAUGUAACGAAGGCCAAGAAGAGGUGCAUCGAAAUUUACUGCGCAACAUCGAUAUCAUUGGUUGCACCACGACUGGCGCAGCAAAGUUGGCUUGGUCUCAUAAAUGUAGUCCUUGUCUUCAUAUUGAUAAUUAGGAGGUAGUGGCUUUGGGUCCUGGAAGCGAACGGGUGGCAACGCGUAAGGAACCUCUAAAUACUUGGUUCAGCAUACGAGCGCGAAGGGUUUGGUC